GAAGAAGAAAAGGCGGAAAUUGAUAAAUCUGCCAAGCGGAGGAAGUGGCAUGAUUCUAAAGUCAUCCCAUCCUUUAGUCUCAGUUUCAUAUGGACACAGUUUAUGGCGCUUAGCAGUGAAAUACCAUAAAGUCUUUCUGUCGCGAUCAUUUAACCUUCGUCGACUUGUCAAAGCUUCCAAAUUAGCUUUAGCUUGCUAGCUUCUGUCAAGACGACUGCGGAAACAGCCUGGAUCAGUUAAUUACGACAGCAGUGCACUCGUUAAGAUGUGUAAAGUCCGAAUUCUGAGGGCUUUGGUGGUGAGGCGACUAACCGAGGCCGCUGACGAGAUAUUCGGGCUCUUUGAGAGGACCAUAACGGAAUACGAAGAGGAACUGUGUCGCUCCAAAGAGGAGAACGAACGACAGCGACAGCUGCUGGACGCAUUUCUCAGGCCAAGUGUGCAACUACAAUUGGAAGAUGUCGAGCAGCCUACGGGCAUGAAAGAAGAGUUCGGCUCGGAGCAGCAUGAAUGGCAGGGCAAUGCGGGAGAACAGAAAACACUGGAGCCCUGCCACAUAAAAGUGGAAGAUCACUGGUCCAACCUGGAGGGUGAAAAUGGGAAUAGGACAGGGGAUGAAGUCAGGUCCUCGCACCUUCAUUACAGACAAAGCCAUGACACUAAAGAGCCGGCGCUCCUAACUAGCAGCUUGACUGCAGAAACCGCUGAAGACCACAGUGAAGCAUCAAAGCCGCACAUCCCCUCGGACUUAGGAGCUGACCGUAUGACGUCCGACUCGUUGGAUGAGAGUCUUCACCGCAACGUAGACUCCCUGGGUAACAGAAAGAAGUUUCAGUGCGGCGACUGUGGCAAGACUUACAUGUCCAGGGCGAGCUUGAAAAGGCAUACAAUGAGCCACACUGGGGAGAGACCUCACAGGUGCUCAAUAUGCGGUAAGAAUUUCACGCAACGUUCGGAUUUAGUCAUGCACUUACGCAGCCACACCGGAUUGAAGCCUUUCGCCUGCACGCUCUGCUGUUGGAAGUUUGCCAAAAAGAGCAGUCUGGUGUUGCACAUGAGGCGACACACGGGGGAGAAACCUCACUGGUGCUCGGUGUGCGGAAAACGAUUCAGACACCGGUCCAGUCUAGUGGAACACUCUCGCGUUCACAUCCAAGGGAGCGUUUACUCCUGCUCUGUGUGCGGCGCCGGAUUCACCGGGAAACGCGGUUUGGUGGCGCACAGGAAAACGCACAGCACAGAGCAGGCCCUUUCUUGCACCCUUUGUGGAAAGAAAGUGUCAAACGCGAGCUACUUGGCGUUACACAUGAGGAUACACACCGGAGAGAAAACACACCUGGAAGAGUCUCACCGGCUUGAUGAAGACCAAUCGAAAGUGAGAACAACAUCGAUGAUGUCACAGCCUGAGAAGUACAUUUGAUUCAAGUUCUCAAACUGGCGUUGAUGUGAAUUCUGUCAUCACCUGAGCAUCACCUGCUCACACAUUUAAGGAUGAACUUCAAAUAACCUUAACAGCUCAACUGAAUUUGACCUUCUCGCAACUUUUGAAUGAAUGUUUCAGUGCUGAAAUGAUCAAUUGAAUACUUCAAAGCAAAAUCUCUGCCGCAAGGUUUUGCACUUACUGUUUUUCCACAUGUAAAUGUUACUGCAGACUCAUGUAACAUUCUGUGUCAAAAUAUAUUGGCGAGACAGCUGCGGGAGAAGGUCUAAAGGUACCACCGCUAUUAGGCAGACCAUAUUGUAAUGCCCCCUACAUGUGGUCAAAAAUAAACACCACUACCGGUGCACUUUCAGUUGCCUUCACAAACUCACACAAUAAACAAGUAUGAAGCGCAUUCACACACGCGAGCUGCUACGACGACGACGACCGACUUGCACUCAACACACAGGGCAGGCUGCCGUAGGGUGAGCCACUUAAUCAACAACUGGACCUCCCAACAUCCUCCUAUUUACGCUCCCAUCUCUGGCACCCAUGUCACUCACCAAGCCAGCCAUCAGUAGUCCUGAACAUAGACAUUUGGGUGUUUUAUUCAAUUACUAAAUCCAUGGAUGGGAUAGUUGGAGAACGAUGAGUUGUGCAAAAAGUACUGGAACGCUGAAAAAAAUGGACACGCACGUUCAGAAGUAUAUAGAAGGUCAUACUGAGUUCUCCUGUUAAAAUGAUUCUGAGGGAGUUGGUCUGCCUUGAAAUGUCUGGAAUAACGAAAAUGUUAUUUUUCUGCCUUGUUAAACUGUUUAAGACUAACAGUGGAACUUCCAAAGUAAAUUGAAAUGUUAUGUUAACCGUUGUCUGCACACUGAAUAAAAGUUAUUUUGGGGACA